AUGGAUGGCGUGCCGUCAGCUGAAGACCAUGCGCGGCUCAACAUUCUCGUCAAGCCGAUCGGCUCCCGGAAUCCGCAGGCCUUCAACCGCAUCCUCGAGCGCCUCAACCGGCAGCAAAUCGUCCAGGUCGGCGACCAGCAGCAACCGCGCGUCAUCAAGGCCCACUUCACCGCCACCGUCCCACCGGAAUCGACGCGAUUUGCCGAUUUUCAGAUCCACCGUCGCAUCAAAGUCGGCGACAAGGUGGUGGCGGCCAGGCGGCGUUCCUCGGUGGGCGUCGUUGUGGGCAUCGACGAUGUGCGCAUAUUCUACGAGAAUAUUAAGUCGGACUUCACGACGUCGAUCGUCGACAGCCGGUGCAUCCUGAUCGGCUACGACGAGGAGCAGUGCUCGACAAGGUUCACCUCCAGGGAGACGCUCUGCUACAACGCCAUGGAGGACACUGACACGCUCGAGGAGGAGAUUCGCGAAUUCCUGCGCAACAUCUACUUUGUCUACGAGCAAAAGCGCAUGGACGUGGCCUUUGAGAAAGUGGAGCAACCCCCGUGCCCGAUACUGCCCGAGGAGGAGAAACUCCGCGUCGGCACCGAGCAGAAAACCUCCAAAACCUACAAGCGAAAAUGCCUGGGGCGCUGCAAAAAGCAGCAGGCCGACUACACGCUCCUCGCCGGACUCCCUCAACAAGCGCUCGAGCACUACGUCGAAGCCAUCGAAAUGCUGCGCCAGGCGAACGACCUCCUCUGGCUGGCCGGCGCGCUCGAGGGGUGGUCAUGUGCGGCGAUGGCCGUCCUUUUCGAGGACGACAGCAGCUUGAGCGUUGCCCACGGCCACCAGCGCUACCGGAGCGACGAGGACGCGUCGCGGCUGUCCGCCUCCUCCUCCGCGUCGGACAGCGCCGACAGGAGCGGCACGGGCGGCAGGAGGACGGCGCUGUCGUGGAUCAAGUCCGACAAGAGGGAUAGGCUGGAGCCCCAGGUCAUCCUCGAACGAUUCGAGACGGCCAUCGAGAAUUAUGGGAAAUUUGGUUUCGCGGCGUACCUGGAAUACGAGUGCAUGAUGAAGGCCUCCGAGCUGCUGCGAUAUCAAGGGAAGCUCAUCGACAUGGAGGAGUUCCACCGCAGCCACGUGGGCAAGUUCCUCGACGACUCGUUCACCCGCUUCGACCACCAGUUCAAGGCCCAGAUCUGCUCCAACAGCGCCGAGAUGUACAGGAAGGUGAACUUCCACCGGAAAGCCUCGUUCUUCUCGCGGCUCGGCGUGCUGUUCCGGCUGCACGUCACCGACGGGGAGACGAGAACCGUCGCCGACUACCGUAUCGUGUAUCCGAUCCUUUACCGUACCCUGGGCGGCUACGGUAUCACGGAGAAUCUCGGGCGGGAACCCGCCCAGAAUUCGGGGCCGUUCGAGCUGCAGAUCAAGGCCCUCCACGAGGUCUACACGUCCGCCCUCAGGGCACAGCUACACGAUGCGGCCGUCCGGCAUUUGUGCCAUUUGUUGCAGGCCUACUAUCCGCACCUCGACCAGCCGAUGCGGAACCGUCUCGUCGGCGAGCUGCAGGGCAUGACGUCUUCCCCGGCCCGUCACAACCUCGCUGUUCAUCUACCGCUCGAAGAGCUCGGCCUCGGCUCGUCGAAUAUCGUCCUCCCGCCCAUUCAGCUCGUCUCCUUCCCCCAGAUACUGGACCCAGAAGUGCUGCCCCUGCCGUCGCAUCUGGCCCCUCGAGUGACGCGCCCCUCCGACAACCACCGCUCCACGUUCAUCUACUCCCACUUUGAGAGGGAGGCCGAGGAGAAACGGAGGAGGGAACAGGCCAUCCCGUGGAUCGUCGACGCGCCGUGCAAGGUCAGCGUCCGCGUGCACAACUGCUUGCCCCAGGAGCUCGUCGUCAGGGAAUUGUGCGUGCUGGGCGAGGGGGUGCCCUUCGAGGCGGUGCCGCUCAAGUUGACGCUCCCGCCCGCGACUGAAGAUCAGCCUCCAAACCACAUCCAGCACAACCUGAUCCUCGUGCCAAAGGCGGCCGGCCAGCUGACGCUGAACGGCUACAGCUGCCAGGUGUUUGGGCUGAAGAACGUGUGCAAGAUGAGGGCCCCGAAACCGUUGACCGUGGAGGUGCUCCCAUCGCUGCCGCUGCUCUCCAUCCUGUCCACGCUGCCCCGCGCACCCGUACACGCCGAGGUUGACGGGGAACAGGGAUUCGAGACGACCGUGUAUAGUGGCCAAAUCUUCUCCCAUUCGGUUACGCUAGAAGCGAUCAAGCUCGCCCCGGAAGCCCGCCAUCCGCUCGAAUUCACGAUUUUCGGCGUCGACCCGACGGCCACCACCGAUGACGACAAGCCGGGCAAUCUGGACGAGUCGAGGAUCCCAGAAGCUUCUGCCCGCCCCCCUUCCCCGUCGCCAUCUACCAUGUCGGAACUGUCGUCAACCGGGGACCGGAUACCCUACACCGGACGACUGCUGACGGCCCAAUUCAUCUUCGACUACACGGCAGAUGUGGAGGGAUCGCAGGGAGAGGUCUACUCCCGCACAGCCACCCUGCCCCUGGCCAUCACCGUCGUGCCAGCCGUCACCGUAGCGGCGUGGAGUGUCCUCCCCGGCGAUGGCCCAUUCACCAGAUACAUUGUGGUGGACGUGUCGAACUCGACGGAUGCCGACGCCGAGUUGGUCUUCUCCGGCUCACGGGCUAUGGGCGUCCCGCCGAGGGAGACGUGCAGGGUCCCACUGCUGUGCCCGUGUUGUACGCAGGUCGCUGGCCGGGCCUUCUACGCCGCCCAGCAGAAGGACAGCAAGGUUAUGCAACGGCUCGAAAUCGAACGUCUCCGCCAGGUGCUCGAGUCGCACGUCGCUGAACAUCUCGGCAUCCGGUGGUCGAUCCCCAGCAAGGAGUUGGAAGGCCUGGUCCCAGUCGGAGCGCUCCUCUCCUCGGUGCCGCUCCUCAAACAGCUCGUGCUGCCCGCCAUUUCGCUCGAAUUGGAAGUGAACGGGACGCCGUACCUGUCCCAAGACGACCUCGCCACCGCCAUCAGUGAGAUGACGAGGAUUCGCGUGUCCGUCAUCUCGUCCCUCGAUUACCAAUUCCACGGCGAGCUGUCGCUGUGCUGCGAGCAAGAGCUGUCCUCCCGCGCCGAGCCCCUCCCUCGCCCGCAUAAUAUGGUCAUCGUCGGCUCAAGGAAGCAGCCGUUUAUCGUACCACCGAAGACAACCGACGAGCAAAUCCCGGCCCCCCGUUGCGAGCUCACCUUCAACGUCCUCUUCCGCGUCGAGGGCGUCUACAAGGUACGCCCCGUGAUCAAGGCCCUGCUGGGGGAUCGUCUCCUUCCCGACGAGAUAACGGCUCGCUCGUGCUCCAUCUACGCCACCAAGUGCCCGGAGAAAACUGCCUUCCAGACUGUCGGCGACAACGAGCGGCUGAAGGAGACGGCGUUUUGGCGACGACGGCCGGCUCGAGGGCCCCCACGCGCGUGCCAACCUACUUGCCGGGUUGGCACUUCCCAGCGCAUGGUGGGCGAGUUCGAGAUGGAAGAUCGAAGGCUGAAGCAGGAUUACGUGACUGUCGCCAAAUUCCUGUUGACACAUCGCGAAUUGAAUGAAGCCAAAUAUGCACGCGCAUUGGAGAUUGCUGGUCUUUUGAACAAGCCCGGAUUGCGCUCAUUGAUGCUGGCAGAGGUUCUUACAGAGACCCCCGGCGAACGACUUGAAGCUGCGCGCGAAUUCGUGGCUCUUCUUCAGCGGCAAGGUCGUAACAACGUCACAAGUAUCCAGAACAUCAACGAACUGGCUGCGGCUCAGCUUCCGGCUCCCGAACAUGACCUUGAACCAGUGGAUGAAGUCGCUGAAGAUCAGAGUGAUGACAGUGCAAUUGACGCC